AUGAGCCACCUCAAAGCCCUCCACGCCCAAUUCAUCCUACGUGGCCUCGCCCACGACCCCACCUCUCUCAGCCGCCUCAUUUCCUUUUGCGGCCUAUCUCCUUCCGGAGACCUGCAGUAUGCACAUAACCUGUUCGACAAAUUUCCCCACCCAAACCGGCACAUGUACAAUACCUUGAUAAGGGCUUGCUCAAAUGGAAGAUACUCGGAUAAGGCCAUUUUUAUUUACCGUAAAAUGGUCUGUAGUGGGAUUCACCCAAAUGAGUUUACUUUUCCUUUUGUUCUGAAAGCGUGCGCGGCUUUGAAGGCAUAUGCAGAUGGUAUUUCGGCACAUUUGCAUGCUGUGAAGCUUGGCUUUCAUGAUUCUUAUGUGGUCGUGCAGAAUGGGCUUAUAAAUUUUUACGUCGGCUGUGGGAAGGUCGAGCAUGCACGUAAAGUGUUUGGCCAAGUUGAGUUCAGGACUUUGGUCACGUGGAACUCGAUGAUCGGUGGUUAUGCGAAGGUGGGUUCUUGGAAAGAUGCAUUUUUUAUUUUUCGUGGGAUGUGGAAAGACGGUGUGCAGCCUGAUGGUCAUACAUUUGUCAGUUUGCUCUCGUUGUGUUCGAGAAUUUACGAUGUGAAUUUCGGGAGGUACGUGCACUGGUGUAUUGUAGUUAACGGGGUUUUUCCUGACGUGUUUGUGCAAAAUGCACUGCUGGAUAUGUACGCCAAAUGCGGGCAUUUGGAGAUGGCCGAGGCAGUUUUUGCACGCAUGGUAGAUAAAAACGUAGUUUCUUGGACUUCCAUGAUUAGCGCGUACGCCAAGCACGGAUUGGUCGAAUUAGCCGAGAAGAUUUUUGAGCGAAUGCCUGUUAAAAACACGGUUUCGUGGAAUUCUAUGAUCUCGUGUUACCUCCAAAACGGCUAUUAUAACGAAUCUCUAGAUUUGUUUUACAAAAUGUGUGAUUCUCGUGUGGUUCCAGAUGAGACCACGCUAGUUAGUGCUCUUUCGGCUUGCGGUCACGUUGGCGAUUUAGUCUCAGGAAAGAAAUUGCACGAUUAUUUGCGUGACAAUAGCAUUCAAUUUACUGUUACUCUCUGUAAUUCUCUGGUGGACAUGUAUGCCAAGUGUGGCUCGGCAGAAUUAGCUCUGGAUGUCUUUCGUGGCAUGCAGGGGAAGAAUAUUAUUUCUUGGAACAUUAUAAUUAAUGCCCUUGCUUUACACGGUUUCGGGUACCAAGUAAUCGGGCUUUUUCAAGAGAUGGAAUCUGGUGGGCCAAGGCCCGAUUCACUCACCUUCCUGGGCUUGCUUUCCGCCUGCUGUCAUUGUGGGCUUGUUGAAAUCGGGCGAUAUUAUUUCACUAAAGUGGGCCAUGUAUAUAAAAUUCCUUAUAAUGUCGAGCAUUAUGCAUGCAUGAUUGACAUGCUUGGUCGAGGGGGAUUUUUGAACGAGGCUUUAGAGCUUGUCGGGAAAAUGGAAAUGAGGGCUGAUGUGGUUAUAUGGGGUACUCUGCUUGGGGCGUGUAAAAUUCACCAAAAUGUGGAAAUAGCAAAAGUUGUACUAAAGCAAGUGUUGGAAUUGGAAAGUGGGGGCACUGGGGGUUUGUACGUGCUCAUGUCGAAUAUAUUUAGCGAGGCUCGAAAAUGGGAUGAGGUGAAGAAGAUGAGGAAGUUGAUGAAUGACCGUUUUGCCCGGAAGAUGGAUGCUGUUAGUUCUAUCAAUGUCGAUGGCUGCAUGAAUAGCUUCAUAGCCCAUGACAAGAAAAAUGAAGCUUCUAAUCAUAUUUACUUGAUGCUCGACCAAAUGAAGGAUCAGUUCGAGUGCGUGAAUGACUUGUUUGGCCCUGGUGACGAAUUUAUUGGGUGCUUUUGA